AUCAGGUCGCACGCUGCAAGCCUGCAAGGCUGUCCCAGUCCUGGUGGCUCAGCUCUCUGAAUGGGGGACGACUAACCCGUAAGUGGCUGCAGAAUGGGCCACCAGUGCGCGGCAAAAAAAGUCGGCAUCGAUAUCGAUGGCAUCUUGCCGAUGUCUCUCAGCGAUCCGUCGGCUACUGGCGCCCUCCCUGAUGGAAUGGAAGACGCGCCGCUGAUUCUUGAAACUUCAAUGGAACAGUUUCCAACUCUGUUCUCUUGUCGACUCGGGAAGUGGAUCCAUCAUAGGAUCCCUGAACCUGCUCCCUUCCAUUGGAAUCAACUUGCGUCUUGGCUCUUCACCUGUUUGGGCCCUUUUGGUUCUGGCUGGUACGAUUUUUCUCCCAGCCGGAAACUCCUCAUUACCGGCCUAAGGGAUCUUUGGGCAGACUGGGAGAUACGACAGAACGAUCCGUCACGUCCAUUGGACGUUCGGAAUCGCCACGAGGAACCUGCGGUGAUACUCUGUAGAGUUUUGAUUCUGUCUCGACUGCGACAGCCCAACCCGACGAUCUGGACUGUGAUGGUCUGAUGACAGCCCGCCGCCCAAGGGACCUCGCACUCAUCCCGUCUCGCCGAACCUUGGAUUCUUCCAUGCGAAAUCGAUGACAGGUUCUCCAGGCUGAAUCUUAAUGCGCCGUAGGGCCGGCUGAUACCGUUUAGACACCGUGCUGCUGAGAACCAUCUUGA